AUGUCAUCGGAUAUAUCAGAGAAGAUACAACAGGCUCGCAGAGAUGCUGAGGCCAUGAAGGAGCAGAUCAGAACAAACAGAGAUGUUAUGAAUGAUACCUCACUCAAGGUAUACACUCGUGACUUGCCAAACUUACCAAAGUUGGAGGGUAAGAUAAAGAUCAGAAGGACUCUCAAGGGUCAUUUGGCAAAGAUCUACGCCAUGCAUUGGGCCGAGGAUUCAGUUCAUCUAGUGUCUGCCUCGCAAGACGGCAAGUUGUUGGUCUGGGACGGUUUGACAACCAACAAGGUGCACGCCAUCCCAUUGAGAUCAUCAUGGGUGAUGACAUGUGCCUACUCACCAUCAGCAAGCUUUGUUGCUUGCGGUGGUCUCGAUAACAUUUGUUCGAUUUACAACCUGCGCAGCAGAGAGGUUCCCAUCAGAGUGUGCCGUGAGCUCAACUCGCACACUGGUUAUCUGUCCUGCUGCCGAUUCCUCAACGACAGACAGAUCAUUACUAGCAGUGGAGAUAUGUCUUGCAUCCUCUGGGACAUUGAGAACGGUACCAAGAUCACAGAGUUUUCCGAUCACAAUGGAGACGUCAUGAGCGUUUCCAUCUCCCCAGACAAGAACUACUUCAUCUCGGGUGCAUGUGACGCCACUGCCAAGCUCUGGGAUAUCCGUGGAGGCAAGUGUGUACAGACAUUCACUGGCCAUGACGCCGAUAUCAACGCCGUCCAGUACUUCCCCAACGGUUUGUCCUUUGGAACUGGUUCAGACGAUGCCUCCUGCCGUCUGUUCGACAUUCGUGCCGACCGCGAGUUGAUGCAGUACACUCACGACAUCAUUUUGUGCGGUAUCACGUCGGUUGGUUUCUCCCUGAGCGGCCGCUUCAUGUUUGCCGGCUACGACGACUUCUCUUGCAACGUCUGGGACACCCUGAAGGGCGAGCGUGUCGUCUCGCUCACCGGCCACGGCAACCGUGUCUCUUGUUUGGGCGUGUCGACCGACGGCAUGGCCCUCUGCACCGGCAGUUGGGACAGUCUUCUCAAGAUUUGGGCU